UCAGAACAGAAAAGAGAGAGAAGGUUCUGAGGGAGCUCUAGAGUUUGACCAACUGAAUUCCACGUUCCCACCACAAGUCAGUAGCCCACCACCCACCCUGUCUUUGGUUCGCGAUCUGGCGUUGAAGUUCGUUAUAGGCUCUUUCUUCUUGAGGGUUGAUCUCGGAAAAGCCUUGUUGUUUCUUCCCGGAGACAUCAACAUGCACGAUUUUUGCUUUACGAUCCCAUAUGGGUUGAUUUUGAUGGCCGGAGGUGUCGUUGCUUACGCUCGGAAGGGAAGUGUAGCUUCUUUAGGUGGCGGACUAGGUGCAGGAGUGCUGCUCCUUCUUGCUGGGUUUUUGAGUCUGAAAGCUUUCGAGAAGCGAAAGAAUUCUUAUUUCGCCUUGAUCCUUGAGACGGCUUGUGCAUUUGCGCUAACAUUCGUUAUGGGACAGCGGUAUGUGCAAACCUCCAAAAUAAUGCCGGCUGGAAUUGUAGCAGCAAUUAGUGCUCUCAUGACUGGGUUCUAUCUAUACAAGAUAGCAACUGGUGGCAACCACAUCCCAUCCAAGGCCGAGUGAGGUUGAACAAUUUCUUGUAAUUUGAAUUCCGGUGUUGUAUUGGGUCACCUGUAUCAUGUCUGCUCUGGGUAAUCAUUUGAGUCAAUGUGGUUCUGAGUUCUGACUUCAGCCUCGUGUGUUACUAAAGAUGUACUUUGGGAAUAUAAAUAUGGACUUCUUCAGUAGCAACAAUGAACCGGAAAUGCUGACAUAAUUGUUCAAUGGAGCAAAACUGUGGUUUUUUCUUAA